GUGGGUAGACACACGCGAGAGGGGACAGGAGGUUGUAAAAAGAAGUUCAAACCUACAGAUCCUGUUUAACAUGCAACAGUUAGCUCUCUUUUACAUUUAAAGGCAGACAGGCAAACAAACAUACUCGCCGAUGUCUGAAGAAGUUAUUUAUGCACAUCUAAAAUUCCCAGAAUCCAGAAAGACAGAAAAUAUCCAGGAGCUUGACAGAUUCGAGAUAAAAGCGCCUCCUGUUUCUUCCCAUGUAUGGCGUCAAAUAGCCUUGACCCUGACUUUUUUAUGUCUUUUGCUGCUCAUUGGACUAGGACCCCUAGGAAGCAUAUUUUAUACCACUUUGAAGAGAGAAACAGAAAGAUUGAAUACACUGCAAAAUGUCAAAGAAGAACUUCAGGGAAACAUUUCCCUCCUAUUGAUGACUAAUUUAAAUAAGUCUGAAAAUAUAAGAAAUCUCUCUAUCACUGUGCAAAAUUUGGCCACCAAGUUAUGUCGUGAGCUGAAUAGAAAAGAACCAGGGCACAAGUGUAAACCUUGUCCAAACCACUGGCUAUGGUACAAGAAUAACUGUUAUUUGUUUUCUGAAACACGUCAGACAUGGCAAGACAGUGCAACGUCCUGCUCUUCUCAGAAUGCCAGCUUGCUGCAGAUCAAGGAGAAGAGCACACUGGAAUUUGUAAAAUCCCAGAAAUUAUAUUACUACUGGCUGGGAUUAUCUCCGAGACAAGAUGACAAAAACUCAGGUGAGAACAUCAUCUCCUCUGCCAGAAUUUGUAAAAUAGACAUCAUUAAAGAAAGAUCCCAGAAGCCCCACCUGCUGGCGACUCUUAGAAGCUCAAUAUUUAUCACAUCAGUUAGCUGAGGGCGCCUCUACCAGGCAGGCAGGUGAGGGCAGUGCUGUUGGGGUGCAACCAUGCUGAACUGAAGCUGAGAUUUCUGCAUACUCCACUGCAGGCCAUAGGACAAAUGCAAGUUUCUGUUUGUUUUCUGUCCUUCAGACAGCAAUCGUAGUUGCAGGAGUGUGGGUCAUAAAGACAAGAUGGCUCUGUGUUUGGUAAAUGGCUAUGGGAAGACAGAAUGGGAAAUGAGGCGUGUACAAAAGAAGAGAAGAUUGUAGAGCGUAAAGGUUGCACUUAGGUGAAGGAGUAGAGGGAACGAGAACGUGUGCAACCGGAGAGUGGAAUUCUUGUUUUGAAAAGGCAGAAUAUACAUGGGCUUGUAAUUAUUGCAAAUGCAAAGGCAAUUUAUUCUGGAAUGGAUUGAUACUGAACUUAAGAUUCAUAGGUUAAUCUUUAGUUAGGGUGAUUGUGGAAGAUACUUGAGGAAAUAAAUUUGGUACCGAGUAGAGAAUUUAUGAAAGGACAUUAUUUUAAAUCAUGUGAGAUAUGGAGGUGGGUUCAGUAUUUGGAAUUAGAUGACAGCAAAUAUUCCAGAUGUGGGAAAGUAGGACAGAAGGGGAGGUAAAGCAGUGCUUCCCAUGACACAUGUUUCAAUUAAUACGACACAUUUUCAAAGUUCACUUGGACACAAAGUUCACUCUGAACACAAAUUCAAUGUCUCCUUAGUGCAAGCUCUAGAGGCAAUCAUAUGUAGUGAAAUAUGUUUCAAAUGUCUGUAUCUCACAAUGUAAUAUUUUUCUC